AUGCUAAUCUCGAAAACAGCCGCUUUUGCGCUUUUCUCUUCGCUGGCUCUGGGGGCUCCAAACCCUAACCGCUCCCCAGACCGGUCUCGUCGCUGCGUAAUACCGUCUUCCAAUGGCUCGGCAGAUGAUUCUCCUGCCGUGGCACGGACAUUUGCUCAUUGCGCGUCUGACUCGGUCAUUGUCUUCCAGGAAGGUGUGGACUACAACAUCUUCCAGCCGGUCCGCGCAGUCAAUCUGAGCAAUGUCGAGAUUCAGGUAUACGGCAAUCUGCAUCUCCCGCAGAGUAUCACCGCCAUCCAGCGCAUUGUGAAUGAUACUUCUGGAUCCUUGUACUCUGACGGUCUGUACUGGUUUGAAUUCGCCGGCCCACGCAUCGACUAUAUUGGCUCUGCAAAUGUCAACAGCGGUUGGAUCAACUCUUACGGCCAGGCAUGGUGGGAUGCCAACCCUACCAAUGGCACUGGAACCGCUGCCCGUCCGCAUCUGAUGAGCUUCGAGACUACUCACGGGUCGCUCAAGUACUUCAAGUCCCGCAAGCCGAUUGCAUGGAACGUGCAGCUAUUGGGAGACGAUAUCACCGUGAGCCAUGCAUUUAUCGAUGCCGAGUCGACUGGGUCCUUUCCUUUCAACACAGAUGGAUUCGAUGUUACCGCGACCAAUGUCCGGAUCUCGGACAGCGUCAUCUACAAUGGCGACGAUGCCAUCGCCGUACAGUCGGGUUCUCACAACGUGGUCUUUGAGAGGAACACUAUCGGAUAUCAAAGCCACGGCAUGAGCAUUGGCUCGCUGGGCGAAGACCAAGCCGAGCCUGCAAAUGUCACCAAUAUCCGAUUUGAAGACAACACUGUGAUCAACGCCGUCUAUGCCGCACGCUUCAAAUCCUGGGUAGGGGGACAAGGUUUGGCAAAGAACAUUACCUGGAAGAACAUCCGCGUAUACAAUGUCACCUUCCCCAUCUUCGUGACCCAGACCUACACCAACCAGGGCUCGUCGGAGACCCAGCUCGGUGGCGGCUCCACUUCGGGACGGCCGAACAACUCAUCUGUCAUGAUGGAGGACUUUACCUGGUCGGACUUUACGGGCACAGUCAACACCUGGCGACCGGGCGAUGGCUCAUGCGUGUCGGAUCCUUGCUGGUAUAAUGAGGGCCUGCCCAACUUGAAGCACACCGAGGCUAUCAUCAUCGAAUGCAACACUGAGACAUCGUGCCGGAACUUUGCCGUUGACAACAUCCAGGUUAUUCCUCAGAGUAUGGCUGAGCCUACGGUGAUUUGUCUGAAUGCCACAGCCAAGCUUAACCCGGACCUGGGGUUCAGCUGCCGCAAUGGCACGUAUCUGCCUCAGGCCAACUAG